AUGGUUUCUACAGAUCACCCAUACGCCAAAGAAUUGGAAGUGGCUACUUUGGCUGUCAAGAGAGCAUCUGUCCUCACCAAAAAGCUUAGCGAUUCCAUUGCUGCCACCCAGAAAUCGGGAACCCAAAUCAAAGAUGAUAAGUCACCGGUUACUGUGGGCGAUUAUGCCUCGCAGGCCCUCAUCAACCAUGCCAUCAAGUUGAACUUCCCCAAUGACAAGAUUGUGGGUGAAGAAGACUCAGAGUCGUUGCAGGACGGCAGUGACGAAGCCAAAAACCUCAGUAGCAAGAUCUUGGAGAUCCUUGUCGAUGCACAAACUGAAACGGCCAACUCAGAUGCUGUUCUUGGUACCCUCACCGACUUGAAGUCAGUGUAUGAGGCCAUUGAUCUCGGAAACUACGAGGGUGGAGCGAAGGGACGUUUUUGGGCUUUGGACCCUAUUGACGGCACCAAGGGUUUUUUGAGAGGGGACCAAUUUGCCGUCUGUCUUGCGUUGAUCGAAGACGGAAAGGUGGUUUUGGGAGUCAUUGGAUGUCCCAACUUGGCUGAGAACAUCGUGUCCAACGAGGAGCAGACCGGCAUCAAAGGAGGCUUGUUUUCGGCUGUCAAGGGUGUUGGCUCGUUCUACCACUCAUUAUUCUCUACAGACAAGUUUAUUCCUUUGAAGGACCAGGAGAAGAUCUCCAUGACCAACGAGACUUCACCAGCUAAGUUGAAGGUUGCUGAAGGUGUCGAGAAGGGACAUUCGUCUCACUCUACACAGAGCCAGAUCAAGAGAUUAUUGGGCUUUGACGAUGCUACCGUGUCGCAGCAGACUGUCAACUUGGACUCUCAGGUCAAAUACUGUGUUUUGGCUAAGGGCCAGGCAGACAUCUACUUGAGAUUGCCAAUUAGUCAAACUUACAGAGAGAAGAUCUGGGAUCAUGCUGCUGGUAACAUCUUGAUCUACGAGAGCGGUGGACAAGUUGGUGACAUCACCGGUGCUCCUUUGGACUUCGGCAAGGGGAGACACUUGGACUCUAAGGGUGUCAUCGCUGCCAACAGCAAGGUGUUCGAUAACGUUAUUGAGGCUGUGGGUACCGUUUUGAGCCAAUAG